AUGGCACGCAAUAGCAGGCAUGGCAGCGGCACUUACAUCUCUGUAAAACGUCCUGCACCUAGCCCGACAAAGAGGCGAGCCUUGGGGGAUGUAGUGCAUAUCAAUCCCAAGCAGCGGCACCGCGCAGCUGCUCUGCAGGCUGAUCUGGAUGCAUUACUGGAUGGAACAGUGCCUCCCUCUGCUCCGGUGGCUACUGUUACAACCAGUCCGGUGUCUGACGACAAUCUGGCGCAGCCUAUGGACCUUGAUGACCCAUUCCUCAUUGCUAACAAUCAGCAAACACAUUGGACAGAGCCAUCUGUACUUCGCCCAGUCGCUGUGGUCCAGCCGCAACAGCAUUCAAAAGCUCAACCGUCCCUUACUUCUCGGUCAUUGUUGUCCACGGACAACUGGGAGACACUUCUCCCAACUCUGGAGGCUUCAGGCGGAGACGUUCAGCUGGGGGGAGAUGGAUGCUUCAGUUUACGACAUAUUCGGGCUGCUGGCAAUGGCCCACUGCCAUUCUCUGGUAAUUAUUUCAUUACUCCGGCUGAACUUCAAGCCGUGAAGGAUCGCAUUACCUCUGCUCGCACAAAACCACCAAGGACUUACGUGACUCGCAUUUCGCAAGAGGCACUGGACUCGUGUCAAGCCUCAUGGGAUGCGGCCAACGAAAAGAAGCAAAAGAGCGACCCAAAGCAGUUCGACUCGACUGGCGUAUUUGUUCUCACAUGCCGACAUUCUCAGGUCCUGUUCUUGGCUGACAUUGAUACUCCGGGAGAGCAACAGUGUUACAUCGUUGCACUAUUGGAUAAGGUGGUGUCGUAUCUUCCACGUUCCGCAACCAUUCUUCAAGCCUAUGAUGUUGGAUGCGCCCUAGAUCACUCGUGCAAUUUGUAUGCCCUCCUUGCACCAACUCUGCGCGACAGAAUUGCAUUUGUGAUCAAUAUAAUGCACUCUUUCGGUCAUGAAUGGGACUGUCAACUCGAAUACAGCCCAAGAUUCCGGCCUGGAAUGGGAAUUUCUGAUAUGGAGGGUGUUGAGCGCUUUUGGUCGCGGAUGCGGAAGCUGAUCGCGGUCACCCGUCGGCAAUGGGUAUCUAGCUUUUUCCUGUUCUUGUCCAACGUUCUCAUGUGCCAUCUUCAGAACACACGUCGCAUCUGGAUGCUAGACGAACAUACUGCCUUCAUCAAUGAAGAAGGCUGUGACAAUCUUGGUGAUUGGCUUGAUCGCCAGCAGACGCAGAAUCUGCUCCCGAAGUAUCAAGAUGCUUUGAACAUGAUCAGAGAGUGUCAAAUUCCUGAGAGUGAGCUCCGUCAACAGUGGUUUGAUCAAAAGAGAGCUCAAAGAACAAAGCCCACGAAACGCUCUGCUCGCUUCCGUAAAGAACUCGACAAGGUCAUCGCGCUACAGACAGAGAUUGAGGACGUCAAUACCGCAAUUGAGGAGGCUCGUAAGAGCAUUGAAUCUGCCGGAGGAUGUCGACAGUCUCUAGCGCACCUUCUUGAGCUAGAGGAGUCGCACAUGGAGCUCAGUGAUCGCGCAGAUGCUCUGUAUGCCUCGCUCAACCUUCGUGAAAAUUUUCCUCAGCUGGUUGGCCUGCCUGGUGAUUUUGUGAAGACACUUUUGGUUUUGCAUGAUCUCAAAAUCAGUAUCCGGAAACGCGCUGUGGGAUCAUUCUACGAGAUGGAAACUUUGGAUCGUGCGGUUGGAGGGCGAAAGGAGGCACUUGGAACGAAGCUUCAUCAGCAGACUCGCAAAGCAAUGGCAAAAAGACACCCGGUCCUCUAUCGACAGAUCAACCGCUUCAAUUCACUAUGCGAGAAGAUUGGAAAAGAUCUUCCUGCUGACUGUAAUCUUCCUAUUCCAGCCCCGCUUCCUACGCGACUGGCUGCGCUCCGAAAUGACAUGACACUAUACGAGGAUGUCUGUGUUGUUCCUGCCAUGGACUGUGUUCCUCGUUGGAUUGAGGACUCUGAUGUCCGGGAUGGCAUUCAGAACAUGCAUGUUUUGGAUCGGUGUAUGGAGGAGAUGGACCGGCUCAACGCUGAACGAGCCAAUCUACAACGAUCUCUGCAUCAAAAUGCCGAAGUUCUUCGCCGAUGCAUCAGCAGCACAACAGAUGACACACUUUUAUAUUUUCUUCAUAGGUUUAAAGAUCAACAUCUACGGCGCGAGAAGAGAUGGAAAAAUGCCUUUGGUGUGUAUACCCUGAGCCCCCAACUCGGAGGCUACAUCAAGAUUGCUGCUGCCUACAAUCCGUUGCCAUUGUUGAGCAAUAUCCCGAAUGCAAACUCUGGUCUUUCUCACUUGGGUAGCAAUCAGAUUCAGAUCGGAACUGCACCUCCAGUGCCAUCUGAUCCGAUUUCAGCUCAGAUUUCUUCCCCUCCUGUUUGUCCCACCGCCGCACUACAGGCCAGUUAUCACGGAAAUUCGAUGAUUCUGCCGUUCUCAGAGUGGACCCAGGUCCCAUCUCCACCGCCUUCAUUUCUCACGCAUGCAGAUCCAUCUGUGGGGAGAUCGGUUCCACAGCCCUUGCUCUUUCCACCGUCGCAGUCCCCAAAUCUUCAAGGAGAUGCGUCCAACUACGAGGACCUGAGCUGGUCUUCAAACACUCACGGAGACGUCUCUGAUAUCGACGAUUCGAUCGAAUAUCUAGAAGCGGCCAGUGACGAUGAAGCUAUUGAAAUCCUCGAGUCUAUUGAGGAUUUAGAGCUCGAAGAUGCAAAUGACACAUCCUUAUUUGAUAUCAGUCAAGUCAGACUGGACAUCAAGUGGGGUGAUUUGCCAAAUCUUACAUUUGACGUGAAUCUCUUUCAAGACCUUCAAUGUCGCAACAGGGAGUUCAAGAAAUUCUCGGCUGACCUUCCACAUGUCAUUACACAUCCUCGUGGUAAAUCAAAAAUCACCAUAGAGCCCGAGGAUCUGGCUCGCUUCUGCAAUCCUCGAGGUCUGCUUAGCGGACAUGGGAUUAACGGAGUAGCUGCAUCGCUUCAGACAUUAUUUCUGGGCCCGUACUCUCCAUACGCUAAUCAGGCGCAACGUUGUGCUCUGUUAAGCACGUACGAGCUUCCCCGGAUCCGAGGACAGACACCAGAUUCGUUCCUCUGGAAGGAGCUUGAGCCGACUCAGUACUGGGAAAAAGACAUCUGGAUCUUGCCAAUUCAUCGACCAACGCAGAGGCACUGGGUUAUGGCUGCAGCAUUUAUGGCUGGUCUGCGCAACCGCUUUUUCAAGUUGGUCAGCCGCGACAAACAAACAACUACGACUGCGGGGUGUGGAUCUUGGCUGUUAUGGGAGCUCUACUGCGCGGCUCUCUGCUUCCCGAAUUAA